UGCUAUUUUAUGGUGUGAUUUGUUGUAUUUCUAGUAGUCUUUUAUGAUAUGGUUCAUGAUACUCAUUAUGCUCAUAGAACAGAUCAGUGCCACACGCAUGUCCCUCCUAAUUUUUAAUAAGGACAAGCAUGUUCCUCCUUUUAUAAGUCUGCAUAGUUUUAGUUAAUCCUUUUGAAAUAGAAAGUCAUCAAAAUGAAAUUAAAUAUUCCUACCGAUCGAAAACCAGUGUUAUCAUCAUGCUAACAAACAGGGUGUUAACAUCCUAACCUCUAGUCCUCUACCAAUUAUGAUGAGCAGGGGUGUGCAACAGGUUGGUCUGUACCGAAUCACAUCAGCCCAAUCGGAUGUUUGGACUAGACCAUACCGAACUAGAUAGAAUGUGGUCCGGUCUUUGGUCUCAUUAAAUUUAUAAAUAUUCAAGAAAAAUUAUUCGAAAUGAAUUUUUGGACUAGACCAAACUAUAGGAAAUUAGGCCAAAUAUACUGUUAAUUCAAUUCUUGAUUCUAAGAUGAUCACUUCUACUAUGCUUGAAAGUAUAACUUGAAGUUAUAUCAUAACGUUAAAGGUGCAAAUUGAAGUUGUACCAUAAGAGAUGUGAACCUUUAUAUUAUGGUACAACUUCAACUUGUACGAUAUAAAGGUACAACUUUAGUUUGUGCCAUAAUGAAAUUUGUACAAAUGAGUGUAGGUACAACAUCAGGUUGUAUCAUAAAGUUAAAGGUACAACUUCAAAUUGUACUAUGAAGACAAAAACUAAAGCAUCAAUGCUUUAAAGCAUUGUAAAAAAUUUCGUCUAUAAUAUAUUUCACCAUUAUACCGCACUUGUUGGAUAAAUUCCAAUAGGCGGUUUAAAGCAUUGGGUAAAUUCCAACAGUCUUGUUGACUAGGAUACGAUUUGUCGACCACGAGAAGGAGGGCUUGGACUCUGGAAUGCUACACGGAUGAACGAGGCUUUCAUGAUAAAGAUAGCCUGGCGGCUACUCGCCGAACCAAACAGCUUAUGGGCAAGGGUUAUUCGAGCAAAGUAUUUGAAGGAAACGGAAGACGGGUGGCAGCCGCGGGUGCGAGGGAGAAUCUCCAACCUUUGGCAGGGUGUUCUUCGAGUCCUUCAUCUACUAUCGCGGGCCAUUAUGUGGAACAUUCAGAGUGGCGCUCAGACCCAAUUUUGGACCAAUAGGUGGCUGCAAGAUGGGACAACGUUAGCUGAUAUAGCGAACCACUUUCCUCAGGAGGCGUUGUCUCUUACAGUUGCUGAUUCGGUUCUGAACAGGGAAUGGAACCUUGAUUACAUGCGAGCAUUUCUUCUAGAGGAGGUUGUCCGGCAAAUCAAACCGCAUCAGCCAUCACAAAAUUUGGAGCCGGAUAUACCCAUUUGGCGCCUGGCCCCGGAUGGUGAAUUCACCCUCAAGACCGCAUACUCACUUACAAACGACGAAGAACAGCCGCAUGGAACAAACCCGAUAUGGCGUGCAUUCUGGCGCACGCCAGCGACUCAACGAGUACAUGCAUUCUUUUGGCUAGCUGCACAUCAAAGAUUGCUCACAAACAGCGAGAGGCAAAGACGUCAUCUCACGGAUACUACUACUUGUUCGGUUUGUGGUGCGGCUGACGAGACGACUCUACAUGUAGUACGAGACUACUCCUUUACGCGCGCUGCUUGGGUUGAGUUUCUUGACGGGGAUCUAGAUGAUAUUUUCUUCCAAGAGGACCAUGUUGGAAAUGUAUAUGAAUGUAUAUGAAUAGCUUUGAAAGCUAUAGAGUCUCUAGUGGAAAAACUACCACAUUGGUAGUUUUACUUGGUGAAAUGUGUAUAAAGAUAGGAGCCUCACUCCCAAGGGCAUGCCCCUUGGGGUGACCCACUUUUGUGGGAGAGGGAGGACCUAAUGGAUCACCACACACGCGCGCGCACGCGCGCCGUCCGUCCAUCCGACCGGCCGGUCGGUCGGUUGGUUGGUUGGUUGGUUGGUUGGUUCACUUGAGACUAUAUAUAUUUUUGGAGAAAUUCCUAACGAAAUUAAUUAUUUAAUAAUUAAUUAUUAAUCUGUUAUUCUGAGGUAUAUUCCUAAGGAUAAUCGACUAAAACGGAAUAUUCGAA